UUUGUGUGUAGAUAAAUUAAUUAAUUUAGUAAUAUGGAUGUGCAAGAAGACAAAAAAGUUGAACAUAAUAAGAUAGUUUGUGAACUUUGUAAGGUGGUUGUUUUAAAUGAGCAUCAAAGAAGCGAACACAUAAUGGGAAAAAAACAUCAGCUAGCAUUGCAUCAAGCCACCGUUUUAGAAACAAAAGAAAAAUGUGGAAUAUAUGUUAGAGGUUUUCCUGUGACUGCUACACUGGACGAACUUAAAUUGUUUCUGUCCAAAUAUGGUGAGAUAGUUGAUGGGUUUAUGGCCGAUAACAAUAUGUUUGCCAUUAUACAAUUUAAAGAAGUUACAUCGGUUCAAACAAUUUUGCAACAAAAGGAGAUUAAGUUCCAAAAACAAGGUUUAGUUGUCCAGAAAAGGAAUAUAAAGAAAAAGAAAGAUCCACCAGCAGAGUUACAACAAUGGGAAAAUGUUGAAUCUAUAAAUAAAUAUCUAGAAAGCAUACAUAAUCUUGAUGACCAAAUCAAAGCAUUAGUGAACAUAUUACAACCAAAUUGGUUCAUUAUGGGAACCAAAUAUGACAAAUUGUGCAGAGAUAUCCAAACGCACUUGCAUGAAAUAUUUCCAAAUUGCAUAGCCUAUCCGUUCGGCUCUACUGUUAGUGGUCUUAGUUUUCCAUCAAGUGAUGUGGAUAUUUACGUGAAGGUUUUUAUGGUUAACGGAUCUGUACCAAAUGGAAAUCUGGCUUCCGCUUACGUCAAUAUGUCGAAAAAAUUGCUGCAGAAUUAUCCUAGGGUGUUUUCACACGUGCUUGCCAUACCCAGGGCAAACACUCCGAUUGUUAAAUGCAUACAUAAUCCGACACGACUCAGUUGUGAUUUCAACUUCAAAAAUAUGCUAGGAGUGUGCAACACGUAUAUGAUUAAACAUUACUUGGCUGUAGAUACCAAAUUAUCCUCGCUCAUGAUUGUGUUGAAGUAUUGGGCAAAAGUGCACGAUUUGACGGGAAGAGGUGGCAAAUUUUCGAACUACAGUUUAAUAAUACUUUUCCUCUUUUAUCUACAAGUACAUCAACAUUUACCUUGCGUUGCAACCGUACAAGCUAUUUCAAAGGCAGUCAACAUGCAAGAAGGCUGGAAUGGUGGAUUUUCAGCCGUAAGUAAGUUCGCUUGUAAAUCACUGGCGAAUUUAUCGUCUGCUCAAAUUUUGCAAGGAUUUUUUCAAUACUACGCCAACUUUGACUAUGCGUUACAUGUGAUUUGUCCUUACCUGGGCGUUGUACUUUUAAAAACGGAUUUUCUCAGACCAGACCUACUCUCGGACAAGUUCGUACUGUAUAAAGCAAACAUUCCAACACUGCCUCCACUUAAAAUUGAAUCAUCAAUAUGUAUACAAGAUCCAUUUCAACACAACCAUAACCUCUCUGGUGCUCUACAUAGCCGAUUUGUUGAAGAUUUCGUGAAUUUAUGCAAGGUGGGCGCUUUGAUCUGCAAAAACGAAUCCAAUAACUCAGCCUUGUAUCAAUUAUUUACAUACGCAUGUGAAUUAACUGCAACAGAUAAAUUUGCAUCUCCUAACGAGUACCAAUUUAGUCUUACAAUGGACAGCAACUGUAUCCUUCACUUAAAUCAACUUACAGACUCAAAUGAGGAGGACCUAACAGAGAAAACUCAAAAGAUGAAAACUGCAUGGCACGAACUAGCCAAUACAUUCAUUUUGGAAUUUUUAACAAAAAUUAUGAAGUUUAAUGUGCAACUGAAAACGGAAGAUGACCAUUUCAAAUGUCGACGAUUGGAUGAACAGAAUGACAUUCACGACACAGUCAAAAUAGAAACUGUAACAUAUCACUGCACAGGCUACUUCAACCUAUGGGACGCGAGAAAAUCUAUAUUGAAGGAUAUGAAUAUAGAUCCUUCUCUAGGAAUUUUAGAAAAACAGAUUCAAGUCAGUGAAUACAUGAGCAAUCUUUAUAAAGGACAGAAGGUGACAAACACAAUUCUUGAGUUCGAUUUGAGUGCUGUUGCUGAGGUGAAUCCUGUACAGUUAUCGUGUACAAUAAUUAAACGGAAGGCGUUAAGUCACAAUUUUAUUACAUUCAGAUUAUUUGUGUGUAGAAAUAUUCAUUCUUGGUUUGAAAAGUAUUGUAAGGAACUGGAUCAAAAUGUAAAUAAAUAAUUGUAAUGGGUCAUAGACAGAAUCUCGAAGUUAUGGUCACAAAGAUAGUGGGUACAAAGCAAAUAAUCUUUAAAGAGCAACUACUUUUUUUAUUAAUUUGUUAGAACAAUUUCUUCGCAUUUCUACUAAAAAGUUCUGUGCGCCUCUUAAAUCCUAAAUUUGGUUAAUUUUGGGUGCUCGGAAAUUCAAUGCUGGUUGGAAUUUCUUUUCCAAAUCUUUCAUACAACAAACAGCCCUUGAAUUUGAACUUUUCUUUCCCAGAAACUUUCGGAAAAUCCUUAAACAUUUUUGUAAUGUUACACCAAAAAGUUUGCAUUUGUGGAAAUAUUUUUAACAAAUUAAUUUUUUUAGUUACUGGAAAGUGAAAAAAUUCUGAUCUUUAAAAAAAUCAAGUUUGCUAAAGCUAAAAGUGUACAGAAAAGAGCACCAAAUUCUUUGUUAUUUACUUCAAUGAUUCAACACGAUUUUUUUAAAGAUUAAAUGUAACUAAAGAAUUAGUUUCAUGAAAAUAUUGAAAGUCCAAGAUCUAACCCAUACCCUGUUGAUAUCAAAUUUGCAAGUGCCAUCUUAGGUCAGUAAACAUAAAACAAUUUCAAACGAGUUCAGAAUGAGCAAAUGAGAAUCAGAACUUUUUAGAUUAAUAGCGACCUUAUUGAUCAGAAGAAUUACCUGGUAAUUUGUUGGUAUUUGCUCAUUGACACUUGGGAUAUUCCAGACCUGAUGAAAACUACAACAAUGUUAUUCUUUGAAUCACAAACAAUUAAUUAAUUAAUGUAGUUUUAUUAUUUGAUUUUGCUGGCUUCCUCUAGCAAUUUUAGUUAAUCGGUAUUUAAUAAGUUUCAUUAAUAUUUUUGUAUAACUAUAUGCAACAAAGAUUGUCAAUAAGUUUAGUUUUAAGAGAUUGUAUUGCUAAGAUUUGAAAGUGAAGUGAUAUCUGAAUGCAACUUUGCCAUCGAUUGUAAUCGUGAAGACGUUUGCUUUUAAUUUCUUAUUCACUGGUCACUUGUUGCCAUACAUUGUUAUGAUAAGGUGCUACAAUUAAUAUAUUGCGUUACUUUUUGUGAAAGUUAUAAAGACUGAUAUUUUCAACAAUAAAUGGUGAACUGUUUCCAAA